AUGCGCAUAGCGCAUUUCAAAAUGGUUUCAUCAAUAAGUAAUGGCAAAAAGGCAAUACAAAUUUUAGGGAAGAGAGAGAAUAGAAAUAUGGCAGGCUUUAAGAUGCGCCAAGGAGGUACAACACAAUACAUUUCUGCAAGCAUACAUUACUUUCGAAUACAUCCUGAUUAUUGGGAAGACAGGUUAAAACGAAUUAGGGCUGCUGGACUUAAUGCUAUACAGACAUAUGUUCCGUGGAAUUUUCACGAACCAGAAAAAGGAAAGUACUUAUUGUCAGGUUGGCGUAACAUAACACUUUUUUUCGAUAUUGCUGCUCAACAAGGUCUUUAUAUUCUUCUAAGGUAG